AUGGGUAUAGCAUCACUUUGCGUAAAUCCUCAUACGGUACAUGAACUUGUUGAAUUUGGCUUUGUUACUGGUGGACUGGAGGGCAUGAAAAUCACAGAUUAUGUUCCAUAUGGCUGGUACCGAGUAGGGACCACCCAAGUAUAUAAAUCUCGAUCUUCAAAGAUAAACCAACAAUUCGACUUGGACCCAGCGGAUAUCGCUAUCCAUGCGCCAUCGUUGCAUGGUCGUAAGCUCACGGCUGCAGUGGCAUUUGUAGCAGGAACUGGAUUCACACUCCUCGGGUAUGACCAAGGUGUCAUGUCGUCACUAAUUACGGGCAAUCAGUUUGAGGCUACCUUCCCUGAAGUCGUAGUGGAGGCUAGCCACCCCAAUCAUGCAACUCUUCACAGCUUCACAACUGCCAUUUAUGGCUGUCUCUUCGGUGCUCUUUCCAAUCUUUGGCUGAAUUCCUCAGGGGCAAUUCUGCAAACGACUGCAUUUUCUUUUGCACACUUGAUUUUUGCUCGUAUCUUUACAGGCUGCGGAACUGGUCUGCUUACAUCGACAGUGCCAACAUAUCAUGCGGAGCUCUCCCCUUCCGCAAAGAGGGGUCGAAUGAUUAUGAUGGAGGGGACUCUGAUUGUGGCUGGAGCGGCCAUUGCAUUCUUCGUGAAUUGGUCGUCUGCUCAGUGGAGAGUUCCGAUAUCACUGCAGUUAGUGUUUGAAAUCAUUGUGGUGACAUGCAUCGAAUUUCUUCCCGGGUCACCGAAAUGGUUGGUAAACCAUGGUCGGAACGCAGAAGCGAUGGCCGUUAUAUCUGCAAUGGAAGACAAACCUCCCCCUGAUCCAGAAGUUCAGCGCACCUACUAUGGCAUUCGUGAGGCUGUUGCUGUUGAAACAUCUACUGGUCAAGGUUCACUACGUGAACUCAUUACCGGGGGUCGCAGCCAGAACUUCAGACGAACAGUCAUUGCUGUGCUGACCGGCAUCAACCUCACUAUCUUAUUCCAGCGUCUCGGUCUCUCUGAUACUAUGCUGAUUGGAGCCAUCGGUCAAUACCUUGUGAUGCUGCUCUUGGCCAUCUUAGGAUAUAUCAACAAUGGACCAGCGCAGAUUGUGAGCGUAGUCCUGUUAUUCGGCUUUAACGCAUUUUUUGCUAUUGGGUGGCUCGGAAUGGCCUGGUUAUACUGUGCCGAGCUUGCCGGGCUCAGAACCCGUGCACAAGCAAAUGCACUAAGCACGGGUUUGUCACUCUCGUACGCCAAGAUAAUUUUAACUUACCGCAUCUAA